AUGAGUGAUUUUAUUACUUUAAAAUCAUCGACCAUCGAAAACUCUUCAUUUGAAAUUGAGGGUACCGAGUUUCUUGAUCAAUCCUUGGUCAAAACAGGUUUAAAUAUUUGGUUUUCAGACACUUCAGAUAGCUUCCCAAACUAUACUUUUAAAACCUUUGGUUACCAAGAUGAUCUAUUGUUCUCUGAUCACAUAAACUCAAUUGAAAUGGGAUCAAUUGUACUGGUAAUUGCAAUCGGUGCAUUCCCAAAUCCGCCAAGCGAUGCUCUGUUUAGAUCUCUUAAAAAGAUCGGAUCUGGUCAAGUAAUAUCAAUCAAUGGAAGUGCCAACUAUUGUAUCAUUGGUGUGAAAGGUGAAGCUGUUGGUGAUGCUGUUGAAGCAUUUGGAAAUGGACAAUCCACCAAUGUAACUGUUUCGAGAAAUGUAAACCCAAUGAAUAUAGAUACCAGAUAUGUAUUGAUUAAACAAUUGACUUCUUCAAGUAUUAGUGUAACAUUCAACAAUACUGAUACUUUUGAAAGUGCUAUUGCCGAUGGUCUCACCGUUUGGACUUUUGGAGAGGAUUUAAAUAUGGAUGAUGUUCUGAUGGAUUCUAGUCAAGUUUAUUCCACCAACAGUUCUACAUCACAAUCAGACAGAUUAGAAAACUUCAUUCAAAGUCAAGAAGAUGGAAAAUUCAUUUUCAUUGUCAGUAAAGGUUCAGCAAAGACAAAUAUUUCAAGUGAACUUGCAAAUAUUCUUAAAUCUCAAUUGGGAAGUAAAUAUAUCGAUCAAUAUAUUUCAUCUUCUACAAAUGAUAAAUGGUUCAUUGUUGCAAGAAAGAAUUCAAAGUAUUCACUUUGUGAAUCAACUUCAAAAAUUGAACAAACCAAUAUUGGAUCAUUCUUUUGGACAUUCGAUAAUCCAAAUGAAAUCAUUGCGAAAUCAAAGGUUGAUCAAAGAAAUGUGAUGAUAUCUGCAUCAUCUUUCAAUCAAGGACUUCCAACAAGUGUUACCAAUAGAUAUUCUUUGAUUAUCGAUGAUCAAACAGCUCCAACUCCAACAUCUGGAACAUCUGGUUUUUUAAUGUAUAUUUUAAGUGAGAUUGAUAGUUCAAUCAAAUCAUACAAAUCAUACAACAUUAAGAGUACCGAUCCCACAACUGCUGUUGCAAUGAUGACUGAUAUUCAAAACAUUCAAAUUGGAGAUAUCGUUGUAAUCAUUGCAUCUCAACUUGAUUCGACUUUUGUGAUGACUUCUGAAUUGGCACAUAUGUUUGAAACAGUUGGAGCUCAAUAUUCACAUGAUUUGAUUGCUUUAUCAUCUUAUGUCAUUAUUGGAAGAAAAGGAUCAUCAACUGGUUCUGUUCCUGAAUUAUUUUCAAAGAAUGGACCGGUAUCUUUAUUUUCAAAUUUCUCAAAAGUAAUUGUUAAACCAUUUAUUCAUAUUGAAGCUAUUUCUAAAUCUGUAACAGGUGGAUAUUCUAAGUUUUUAAUAAAUUCUACAGAAGUUAAUGCCAAUAUUGCAAAUGGAAUCAAUGUCUUGACACUUGAUGAGAACAAUGGAAAUAUUAUCGAUUUCACAACAUUCGACACUGUCAAUCCAUCACCAAUGAUCAAUGGUUUACUUUCUACUAGUGGAACAUUUGUAACAGUUAAUUCAAGCCCUAGUUAUAAUUUUAAUACUGGUGCAUUUUCAGCAGCAGUAAGAUUCCAAACCACUUCAAUUGGUCCUAUUUUAUGUAGAAAGCCAUUUAAUGGUGGAACAAAUAAUGGUGGAUGGACAUUAGUUCUUGAAGCAAAUGGUGUUAUCAAUUUUAUGACUGAUAAUGGAGUUGGUUCUUAUAGAGUUCAAACAGGUCCAACAAAUGUUAUUGAUGCAGAUUGGCAUAAUAUUGUUAUUGUUAGAGGUGCAGCUGGUACUUUAUCUAUUUAUUUGGACGGAGUUAAAUUACCAGUAACAAUUUCAAAAACUAUAGAAACUCCUUUAAAUGUUGAUUCAAAUGCAUCAUUUGUGAUUUGUCAAAAUACUCAAAAACCAGGAACACAAUUCAUUGGAACAAUCAGUGAUGUUUCUCUUUGGAAUUCUGAUAUUUCACAAACAACAAUGAAGAUUGCUGCUAGUGGUCAAUUAACUGGAAAUGAACCCAAUUUAGUUGGAUAUUGGAAAUUAAAUUCAAAUCUAAAUGAUCUUUCCAAAGUCUCAAACACAGGAAAUGGUCAAAAUAUUACAUACACUCAAAUCGGAUCAACUCAAUCUGAACUAUUUGCAUCGAAAAUACAAGCAUUACAGAAUGGAAAAAUAGUUGCACUUUCAGUUCUUGGUGCUGCAAAUACAUAUCUUUCAAAGAGAGCAAAAGAUACUAUGGCAUUCUAUUUGAAUUCUGAAAGUGUUUACACUUAUACAAGUGGUAAUUCCUUUUGUAUGAUCAGUACAAUCUCACCAAAUUCAGAUCUUGAAUAUCUUUUAAUCAGUGAAUGUUUAUCGAAUUCAAGUUCUGAAACAUCAUGUAAUGUAAGAUUUCCAAUCAAAUCAUUGUUUGAUAAAGUUGUUGGAUAUAGUUUUUGUGUCACAUCUUAUGGAAAUCAAAAUACAUGUAAGAUAAUGAUUAAUGGUAAUCAUCCCACUGGAUCAGUUGGUGAAGGAUUAAAUGUUGUUACUGUCGACCCAGUGACAGGUUUAAUCUCUGAAAUUAAGAACUUUAAUACUCUUUCUGAUCCAACAGCUUGGUCAAACUUCUAUCAAUUUAUUUCAACUCUAAACAUUGGAGUUUAUAUUUGUGUUGGAAUCAAAUCUUCAAUGGGAACACCACUCACCGCCCUCGAUAAGAGAUAUAGGAAUAUGGCAUUCAAUAUGAUUGGUGGAUGUGCUUUCCACAACUCAAAUAUUGGUUCAUAUUCUUUGAUUGGUGCAAAAGGAAUAACAUCAGGUACUGGAACUGAAUCAUUCUCUGAUGGUGAUUCUCAAGUUUGUGUUUCAUCUUGGGAACCAAAAACUCCAUCAAAUCUAAGAGCAUCACAAUCCAUUUCCAAUUAUAGUUCUAUUCAUUCUGUUGGUCUAUUGGAUAAAUAUUAUCUUGUCAACAAUCCAGUUAGUAUGAUUCCAAAAUCAUAUGCAGUUGGUAAUGUAUAUGCAAGAGAACCAUCAUACAGUCUUUCAAACAAUAAUUUUGGAAGAGUUGUCAAAGCAUUGUUGGUCGCUGUUUCAUACAAGAACAGUCCAGCUGGAACCAUUCAGAAUUCAGAAAUUGAAAUCAGAGAACAUGCCAAUGUUUUGAUUCGUUGUGGAUUGAUUCUUCCUGAAAACAUCAAAAUCUUGAGUGAAAGUAAUACUCAACUUUCAAAAGAUGGAACAUUUGUUCAAGGUCCAAGUUCUCAUUGUAUUCAAAUGGAAAUCAAUGAUUGGUUGUUGAAAAAUAUUAAAACAGGAGAUACAAUCUAUUUUGUUUAUAAAGGAAGAUCAUUCACCAAUACUCCUUUUAACAAACAACCUGGAACUGUUUCCGAUUAUGGAUUAUGUUCUUUGAAUCAAGAUCUCACAGCAACAGACUAUUCAUUGAAUAGAUCAACAUUUCUUAAUUUAUUCUCAAAUGUUCCGACUGGUGUCAAUAUUUCAAUGCUCCUUGAUUGUUCAUAUGCAGUGGAUAUUGCAUCUAAAACAUUUAGUGGUGCUCCAAAUUCAAUUCAAUUCCAGAUUGCAGCAUUACUUGGAAGUGGAUCUGAUAUCAAGAUAAGACAAUUACAACAAGAUAUUAGUUUCUUAUCUUCAAUAUCAAAUAUUUUGAAGAAUAACUUUACAAGUAAUAAUAACAAUAAUAUUACAUAUAACAAUAUCAUAAAUGGUGUUAUCUCAACAAACAAAUAUCAAACUACACCAUUCUUUGUCAAUGGAUAUGCAGUGACUGAUGAUCAAACAUUCUUAUCACAAAUCAAAUCCAAUGUAUCGGAUAUCACAAUUGGUGAAGAUAUGGAUUCCAAUAUUUUGAAAAUCAAACAAUAUUCAAAGAAUAUCGAUGGAAUUGAAUAUUUUAGAUAUUCUGACAGUGAGAUCUCAGGUUGGAGUCAAGUUAAUGUCACUUUCAAUGUUUGGAAAGAACCAAUGCAUGAAUCGAUAAUUCCAUUCUAUGAAUACAAUUUGGAUAAUUCAAAUAUAUUCUAUUAUACAACCAAUUCUAAUCUUUCAGCAGAACAAGGUUGGAAUCAAACAUCAAUUAUUGGAUAUGUAUCAAACACCAAAGCAUCUGAUAAAAUUCAACUUUAUCAAUUCCACAGAGAUCAAAAACUAGGUGGAGGUUAUUUCUUCAGCACCAAUAGAAAUGAAUCUCCAAAUCACUUUAUCUUUGAUGGUCCAACCGUAUUUUUGCCACUAGUUUAA